UGCUUCUCUGGCUCUCCAUGCAUCCUGCCUGGGCAAUAAAUAGGUUUCUUACAGGGCAAGUGUGUCUACAGCUUGGCCGUAGAAGGGUCAUCUGCUCUUGUUACUUGUCUUGUGCUAGGAGAAGGUUUCAAGGACUUCCCUCUUUUCGUUGGUACUUGAGUGUGAUGGUGAGGGAACUCUUUGGACACAGCUGCUGAUUUCAACAUCUCCCUCAAACUGUGGCACAGCAGUUGCAACAUCUAUUGUCAUCAUUUGAAAAAAAACAACCGGUGCAAUCAAGGCACGACAUAGAAGACCAUGGGGAAAUUGAGAAGUAUCCUUCUUUUGUGCCUUGGAUUUCUUCUAGUCCAUGUAAGAGGUCAACGCGAUUUUGAUUUAGCUGAUGCUCUUGAUCACCCAGAUGACAUAAUUACCAGGAGACCUACAGUGAUCAGAAGACCUACAAGGCCUGUGCUGAACAAUGAUCUGCAUUUAGGAGAUGCUCUUGGUGGGGGUGACAUCCCACACAAACCUUUAUAUCCACCUCUUCCACCACGACCAGGAAGCUAUAGUAACUCUGGAGGUUUUGAUGACUCAGAUCUCAUUGAUGGGAAGCCCUUACCACCAUUUGUACCAGGAGAAGACAGCCACCAUUACAAUCAUGGAGGAAACACGGAUUCAGGAUUAAUAGCUGGAGUUACAUCUCCUUUAAUUUCUGCUUUGGUAAUAUUAGUUGUCGGAUCAAUAGCGGCCUACUCUGCUUACAAGAACAAGAGACUUUGUUUCAAACCACAGGGUGGGGCUGCAGUGUAAACCGCAGAAAGAAGAGUUGUCCUCUGAGCACAGGCUCCUUUGGUUGGUGACAUUCAGCCCACAGAUCUGACAAUUUUUUUUUCUACUUUAUCAUUCUGACAAAAGAAAAUCUUCCUCUAAGGAACAUUUUGUUCAGACAUAGCAAUCCUACUCUCUUUUACUUGACAUUGCUCUUGCACCUGGAGCUUUACAUCAUCAAACAUGUGCUUAGAACCUCUGGAGACAGUAUUGAACUAUCUGACCUGCAUUCAUAAGGGUUGGAAAAGUAUUUUGAUUCAAAAGAUACUUUAAAUAACAAAGAAAUCAAAUUUACUAUAAGGUAAAAAGAAAGAUGUGGUUUGUGAGCAUUUGAGUCACCAAACAAUUUUUUUUUUCCUGUUUUCAAAAUUAGCAAAAAUAUUUAAUCCUUCUGGUAGAAUAGGAAUAAGGAAGUUGCUGCUUUCAUUCAUACAUAUUGGUUUCUUUAUUAUAUUUCUGAGUAUCUAUAAUGUUUAAGGAAAAAUUGAAGUUGUAUAAAGGAUUAAAAAUGUAAUGACUUUGUUUUCUCUUUAUGUCUGAAUUCUAGUGAAGUGAGAGGAGCUAUAGAUGGAAAAUUCAUUCUUAAUUACAAAACAUAACAAUAAAGAACAUGUACAUUGACAAACUACUGUUUAAACAAAUAAAAAUGAGAGGAACACA